UAGUCUAAUUUAUUUGUAUGUUUCAUAAUACUAGACAAUUAAAUUUCAUAUAAAUGGGAUCCUGAAUUCUAAAUCUACUCAAAUUCAACAAGUAUGUACAUACAUAUAACCAUUGUCUAUGGCUAAAGCGACGUUGUAUGUUUGUGUAAUGGCAUACCACUUAGCCAAACGGCGUCGUGGAGAUAUCUGUUGUGUACCAGGUUGAGUGAAAGGAAGAUCAGCCCAUCUGCUUUGUUUCAACCUUCUGCAGAGUUCUUCACCUUCUUCCAUGAUCAUCUCCUCUGCAACAACUCAUUGAUCAUCAAUCCGAUUCACCCCCCCUCCCGGGAAGCUGGCAUGCAUACGUCAUGAACUACAAGCUUGGCGAGAAGAUAUGUAAAUCUGUCAACUGACAGACCCUUGAUGAAGAUGUUUGCCAGUUGCUCAUCAAUUGGUACAUGGUGUAGACUGAUAAGUCAUCCUUUUAGUCUUUCACGAACAACAUGGCAUUCAAUCUCAAUAUGUUUUGUUCAUUCGUGAAAGACUGGAUUUCAGCUAUAUGGAUGGCACUGGCGGAUCCAGGAGUUGGCCACCCCGGGUCACGGCCCAGCCCUCCUCUGGAUCCGGAGCUAGUAUAGCCCUUAUGAGUUUAUCAAUUUUAGUCAUUCGCCAAAGUAUUAUUUUAUAAUAAGAUUAUGUGUAAUUGAGAAAAUAUGUUAGCUGAACAUAAACAAAUAACAACUCUAAAUUUAGCCUAGAAAUUCUAGCUCCAAUGAUUAUGUUCUAAAGAAAAACAAACCAUGAAACCUAAAAUUCUAAGAGUUUAAAACGUAAAAGACUAAAAGAACUGAGAUUUGCUCCCUUGAAAAUUUACUAGAGCAGCUGGUGGAAAUAUAGAUGAACACACAAUACAAAUUGAUUAGUCGAUUGAUUUGUCUAGUGUUGACAUUGCUCGUUUCAACAACUACUAUGGAGAAAACCUUUUCAACAAUGGAACAUGUGAAAUAUGAUUUGCACAACAAAAUGAGCGAAUAAUUUCUCGUUGAUUGGUUAACUAUUUUAUUUGAAGGAGAUUAGUAUGCUAUUGGUACGGAUAUAGACUCCAUUAUUUAUGAUUUUGCUAUAUUUAUGAUUUUUUUACAGUAUCUAAUUUUCUAAUAAAAUGCGGCCCAUUGCACUACUAUGUCAUGGAUCCGUCGCUGAUGAAUGAUAGAUUUGUUAUCAUAAAAUACAUGAAUUGGCAAAGGACGACCAAUCCCAUAGAAUGAUAACAGUGACUUGAGCCAUUGAAUCUCACGUGACAGUUGAGCCAAAGCCUUGUAUUAUGCUUAUGAAGAUGAUCUAUAAACUCUCUUUUGCUUUUUACUUUUCCUUGUAAUCAAGGAAACUCCAAAGAAAAUGCAAUAUUCAGUUAUUGACGAAAAUGGUGACAUUGCAACUAUUGUUUGGCGUAAAUGAUUUAUGUGCAACAAAAACACACUUAGUUAGUCACCGUACAAUAAAAGGUGAACUUAACUGACAACAGGUGCAAUUAACCCACCAAUGUUUCGGGGGUUUUCCAUGAACCCCGAAACACAACCUCAAUCUUUCGCCGUCCCUCGCUGGACUUCUUUCCCCCAAAAAAAUCCCUGGCUAUCUCUUCUCCUGCCUGCCGCAUUGGUCGAGAGGCAGUGCCAGUGUGCCACCACCGCGCUGCAGUAAUUUGUGAAUCUUCGUCGCCAGUUUCUCUCUGUUAGGUUUCCGAUUGGGGUAAGGAAGGGGACAGAAAGGGAGAUAGAGAGAGAUGGGCAGUUUGGAUCGAGUUGACGAUCGGACAUUUAGGGUUAAUUUCUCAGAGGAUGGUGUUGGAAAGUUGAGAGAACGAGUGAGGGAGAAACUCAAGGAGUUCAUGGGGGAUUACACGGACGACACUCUCGUGGAGUACGUAAUCGUGUUAUUGAGGAAUGGCAGGCGCAAAGAAGAAGCAAAGAAUGAAUUGAAUGUUUUUCUGGGGGAUGACAGUGUUUCCUUUGUUUCUUGGUUAUGGGAUCACCUGGCUUCAAGUGUAGAGUUGUAUGUGAGUCAUGGGCACACCGAAACAGAUAUAACGACCGAUUCAAGGAGAGUUCUACGGACUAAUAUAGUUGGAGAUGAUUCUCAUCAUGUAGAUUUUGAAUCUAAGAAAGUAAACACUGAAAAUAUAUCUCGGAGUCGGCAUCGAAGAGAAUGGAGAGACACAAAGCUUGGACCAACUGAACAGCCUUCUCUCCGUAGUUCUGAGGUUUUGGAUGCAGUCAUGGAGGAUACAACUCAUCAUAAAGUCAAUCAUGAAAAGCAGUCAGCAUCACCUCGAGCUUCCCAGAAGAAAAAAAGAAGUCGGCAUGAUGAGGGAGAAGCAUCAAAGAGGGAGAGGGAGACAGUUGCACUAGCAACUAUUGAUGCUCCUAGGAGACUACUCCAAUUUGCAGUGCGGGAUGCUUUGGGAACUCCAAAGGCAUCUAGUUCAGUGAAAGAGCCCUCCCUCAAGCGUCUUCGCUCAGUUGUAUCUACAUCCACUGAGGAGCCAACACAGCCAGUUGAUCGCCCUAGAAGGAUGCUGUCUAUUGCUAGAAAUCCACGAGGUCCUAUGGCUACCAUAAUCAAGGCUGUGCAAGAAGCUGCUGAAGAUGUAACAAAAGUCAAAACCCCAAGAAGUGUGUUUGACCGUCUUGGCCGGGAUUCAACUUCAUUCGAGACCACUUUAGAAUAUAGGGAUGUGGCUAUGGAUGAGGAAGAACUCGCAUCUAACCUCCUUCGGGGAAAUCAUAGAGGUUUGACUUCCAACUUCAUGUCUGAAAAUGGAAACUAUAGUGAUGCCAUGGGUGUGGACGAUCGGGAUAUUGAAGUUCUGCCAACUGGAACAUCUCGUGUCAGCAAUGAUGUACACCAAUUCAGGGUUCAGCACAAUGCUGGUGAUUUUGUCCCGAAUAAAAGUCUACAUCAAUCUGUUCAGCAUGCAAAUGCUUCAGGGAAGCAACCUCAUCCACAUCAAUUGCCGCUAGCUGGCCGAUUAGAGAAGCCUUCCCGGGACAAUGGGACACAUACAGUGAAAGUUGGCGCUCAGAUUAUGAAGGAGAACAACAAUCCUGUUGUGGUUGGUAAUGGCGAUGGAAAACUUGCUACAGACCGUAAAGAACCUCAGCGAACAUCGCCAACUACGCCUGUCUCACUUACAGCUGGUCGACCUCUAGAAGAUGCCGAGUCUAGAACUAUUUUCGUGAGCAAUGUUCAUUUUGCUGCCACCAAGGACAGUCUUUCUCGGCAUUUUAAUAAGUUUGGUGAGGUGCUUAAGGUGGUCAUCAUAACUGAUGCUGCAACAGGACAGCCAAAAGGAUCGGCUUAUGUAGAAUUCACGAGGAAAGAAGCAGCAGAAAAUGCUUUGUCACUCAAUGGAACUUCUUUUAUGUCGCGGAUUCUCAAGGUGGUAAAGAGAAGUGCUGCAACCCCAGAAGAUUCUCCUCCCUUGAUGGCUUGGCCACGCAGUGUCCCACAGGGCUCUCCUUUCACUGUUGCCAGGUUUUCGAGAUCCCCUUUUGCUAGAGGCAUCCCUGGUGGGGGUGCAUUCCGAGGUCGCCAUAAGCCUGUUGCCCGGAGUAUGCAGUGGAAGCGUGGGGCUGCUGAUGCCAGCACUAGCACGAGCAGCAGUGUUAAUUCCCCUGGCCCCCGCAGUCUUACCUAUGUCAGGACGGAGCCUAAACAGGAGGGAACAUCAGCUUAAGAAGCAAUUCCACAACUGCUUUCUUUUUUUGCUGCCAAACGAAGAGUUGCAACGAUGAGAGACGAGGAGGUUCGUUUUCCUUGAUUCGAGUUCUUGGAGAAAUGCCUGAACCAGACCGGAGUUGGUUGGAAGUUUUCAGUUGCUGAUGAAGUGACUCCAUAGUAUGGUUUGCCGUGAAUGUUUUGAUUAUUAGAGCGCAUUAAGUAAGCUGGGUGCGGGAAAAUUAUGUGAAUAGAAAAUGGGAUGAAGU